GACGAACUGCGGAGUGCGGAGGAUGAACAGCAGCGCACGCCUCCACACAACCAUCACCAUGGCGCCGCCGUUCGCCGUCGUCCCGAUCAGCGUGACCGCAGAGAUCUCGAUCAUCCUGCUACUGGCCACGUCCUUCGCCUCGGCAGCUAACUUCACCUGCGCCGUGCCGGCGACCUGCCAGUCCGCCAUCGGCUACACGACCCGCGACGCCACCACCUACGCCGAGCUUCUCGCCCGCUUCAACACCUCCACCCUCGGCGAGCUCCUCGCCGCCAACGACCUCCCACCCACCGCCACGGCCACGGGCGUCCCUGCCGCGGUCACCGUCACUAUCCCCUUCCGAUGCAUCUGCGACGGCGGCGUCGGCCGGUCGGACGGCCGCCCCAUCUACGUCGUCCGGGAGCUGGACGGGCUCGACGCGAUCGCGCGCAACGUGUUCGACGCCUUCGUGACCUUCCAGGAGAUCGCCGCCGCCAGCAACAUCGCCGACCCCAACAGGAUUUUCGUCGGGCAGCAGCUGUGGAUUCCUCUGCCAUGCAGCUGCGACCAGGUGGACGGCUACAACGUGACGCACUUCGCUUACAAAGUGCGCAUCUGGGACACCACGCCGGCGAUCGCCGACAGGUUUGGAGUCCGCGAGGCCACGCUGAUGAAGAUCAAUGGAAUGACCGAUCCCAGGAGCCUUGCGCAGGGACAGAUUCUUGAUGUCCCCAAACCUGGUAACGCCACAAUAGCUCUGAAGCAUGAAGGAAAAGACAGAGUUCCUACGAUUCUUGGGAUUAUACUGCCAGGAACUGUUGCUGUAUUAGCAAUUGCAUUUUUCGUGCUUCACAUAUGGAGGAAACCGGCAAAAGAACCACAAAUGCCAUGGUCAAUUAAUCAGGAGGACUUCAGCUUUGAUCUCUGGACUUUGCAAAUAGCAACAGAUAACUUUGAUGAACGAAAUAAGCUGGGGGAAGGUGGUUUUGGUGUGGUUUAUAAGGGCACUCUUCCAGAUGGUCAACAGAUCGCAGUGAAGAGGCUCUCACAUUGUUCAAAGCAGGGUCUAAAUGAGCUAAAAAAUGAGGCAAUUUUGGUCAGCAAGCUUCAACACAAAAAUCUUAUAAGACUUGUGGGUGUUUGUGUGGAAAACCAAGAAAAGUUGCUUGUAUACGAGUACAUGCCCAAUAGAAGCUUGGACACCAUCCUUUUCGAUACAGAUAAAAGAAGGGAAUUAGAUUGGGAGAAGAGAUUCAAGAUCAUAACUGGAAUUGCUCGAGGUUUGGAGUACCUGCAUGAAGAAUCUAGAUUGAAGAUCAUCCACCGCGAUCUCAAAGCAAAUAACAUUUUGUUAGACUAUGAUUUAACUCCAAAGAUUUCAGACUUCGGGUUGGCAAAAUUAUUUGGAGAAGAUCAAUCCCAUAUUGUCACAAAACGAGUAGCUGGGACAUAUGGAUAUAUGGCACCCGAAUACGCCAUGUUUGGGCAAUUUUCAGUCAAGUCUGAUGUGUUCAGCUUUGGUGUUCUCAUUUUGGAGAUCGUCACAGGAAAAAGAAGCAUGGGCUCCUACGGUGAUCAUGACCAAUAUUUCAGCCUCUUGGACCUUGUAUGGCAGCAUUGGAACAGGGAAACAAUUCUAGAGGCGGUGGAUCCGGCGCUGACCACAGCCACCGGCGGCCGGUGGCCCCUCCAGAGAGGGCAGCUGCUGGGGUGCAUCCAUGUCGCCCUGCUGUGCGUGCAGGAGAGCCCCUCCGAUCGGCCGAAGCUGUCAGCGGUGACCACGAUGAUCGUCGGCAGCAGGGCGUCGCUCGAGCCCCCGUCGAGGCCGGCGUUCUGCGCGCGCCCGCCGGAUGCGAGGCAGACGGCCGCCGACUCUUCAGGCGGCGAGCCGACGGCCGCGUCGGCCAACCGUGUCUCCGUCACGGAACUCGGGCCAAGAUAG